CGAGCCUAGGUGCUGCGGCCCGAGAUGCGGGCCCCUGAGCCUCCCAGGGAAAAAGAGAAGCCGAGAGCCGCGCGCUCCGCCCCCUCCCCCCCGGGCCGCCACCGCCCUAGCCUGGCGGCAGAAGUAGGAGGUGCAAGCCUCCGGAGCCCCGUGCCGCCGCCCGCAGGCUCAGUAGAUAAGGCGUUACUGAGGGGUUGCCUACACUUCAAAGCACGUCUAGUAGUAAUGCUCCUGCGGGUGAUGAUGAUCGACUGGAGAAUGAAUGUUCAGUAUCCCUACCAACUCUGCAUUGCUCCUGCUGCCUGCAGUACAGAACGACCAAGUCCAAAUGAUCCAGACAGACCUUUUCAAUGUCCAGCCUGCGGGGUGCGAUUCACCCGUAUUCAGAACCUAAAGCAGCACAUGCCCAUCCACUCAGGAAUUAAACCAUUUCAGUGUGACCGCUGUGGGAAAAAGUUCACCAGGGCUUACUCGCUAAAGGUGCAUCGCCUAAAGCAUGAAGUGAUUUCCUAGUGCCGGACUACUUAAACCAGGAACGAGAAGAGACCUUUGUUCAAUAUGAUCUUGGAGAAAACGGUUUCGAAAACAACUCCUCUGUUCAAAUGCCUGUGAUUUCACAGGUCUCCUCGACCCAGAAUUGUGAAAGCACUUUUCCCUUGGGGUCUCUUGGUGGGCUGGCAGAAAAAGGAAGUGCCCGAACUAGAGAUGACCUACCCCCCCAAAAUCAGAGCUGUAUUCUAUAACUAUUGAGUAAUUUUGUGAUUUGGCUUCAUUUUUGUUUUUUGGAAAGUGCCUGUGUUUGGUCUUGUACAUUUAAAUUUAAUUUUUUUUUUUACAAAAAAAGCUGGGCGGUGGGGGAGGGGGAGAUUGGGAAAGACUUUCCCUUUUUACUUUCUGAGCCCAGAAACUGAUUUUAUUUUUCAUAACUGAGAGAUUACUUAUGUAAGUACACAAUAACAUGAUGUCGAAACAAACUAUGAGACUUAGGAGAACUGGUUGACUUAAAACAUAUACCAGUUUCUUCUUCCAUUGUUAAAAGUAGGCUAACAACAGAUCAUUAGCUAGAGAGGAAAUUAGAUGAUUAUUGACCUUCUUGAGAUGAAAGUUUACACAAGAAACUAAUUACUAAAACAGUCUGACAAAUGACCUGAGUAGAUACUUACUGCUAUACACAAGACAUGGUAUAAUAUUUUGUAAAGCCUGUUGUUUUUGGAAGUAUUUAUGGUAAGCUUUCUUAAAAAUAAUUAGGGUAAAUACUUCUGAAAUCCAGCCUUCCUUUUUUUUUAAGCUUUGUCAUUUCUAUUCUGAUUUUUCCUGGUGAAAUUCUGGUACUGAGAUGGGCAUUCUCUGUACCUUUAUAGUACCACUCCAAAGGCAAGGAACCAUGAUUGACAACAGUCAAGCUGUGGAUGAAAUGACCAGGAAUGGAAAAUGAAGUAUGUAAAUCUCACUUCACAGGAACUCUUCUCAUAUUGCUUUUCUGACUAAAAUUGCUGUUUACCUGGUCUGAAUGUUAAUGCCUAAGACAUUGCCCAAAUAGUUUUCCCCUUGCCCCAUCAAUAUGUUCUCUUGCAUAUAUUGGCAUGCUCCCAUAUAAAGUAAAAAUAUUAGAGAUAUUCUAUAUUUUAUAUAAAGGUUUAUGUAUUGUUGGGGUUGUUUUCGUUGUGCUCUUUUGGACAUAAUACAGAAUUCUCUGUUGAG